UCAAAUUAAUAAAAUAAUACUCUACUGAGCAAAGUACAAGUACAGUACAUAGUUAAUAAAACUAAAUAGUUUUAAUAACAGCAUUUUUUGAAGUUUUUAAAUUUAACUUUUAAAUGCUGGCACCCGCGGAAUUCGGGAACUUUUGUUAACUGCAUUGUGCAUAUUCGGGGAAGCAGUAUACGGAUUGUUUUCUGACUGUUUGAUUACAUACUGCAGUCAGUUACGGACUUGGCUGCUUCUUUCUUGUCAAAAUGGCUGGAAAUCUUGGGAGGAACGGUGCCAUCGACCUGGGCCAGCCUCGUUCUCCUUCUCCUGAAGCAGCUGCAGCCGCUGUGGCCAACGAAAAAGAUGUGUCAGCCCCAUUUUCUCCUUAUCCCUUCUCGCCAUACUAUCGGAGCGGUGGUUCUUCUCCAGUGAAUUCGCACUGCGGUUCUCCCGUGCAGUCCGAUGGCCAUGCUGCGAAUCGUUCUCCUAUUUAUAUGACAUACGAUGGCGACAUCGUGGGAGAUCCGGGCGGCGGUUGUAGUGUCCGUAGUGCGAACACCAUUCCCCCUUGCCCCCUAAAGCCGGAGUUCCGCCGCCUCCGCCCCCUCCGAUAGGAGAACCACCCAAGAGCUUCCCACAUGUGCCUUUUCCAGCCUUUUCAGCCAAUAAUUAUGCUCCGCCGUCUCCGCUUCCUGCUGUUUUGCUGGAACGACCGCCAUGGCUUCGCCAACGCGCGCCCGUGCCCGGCAGGCCCCCCGCCCUACCCCGCCCUCCUCCCAUGCAACCCGUCGCGUUUCCUCCACCGUCGUUGUGGGCACGACCGGAUGAGGAGCAGUAUCCCAGUGCUGCCUUGGCGGGCUUGAAGAUAUCUCCAUUCGAAGAGAUCUCCUCUGCUUCUUCGGCAUCCUAUUCCCCCGUCACAAAUCCCACCCGCCAUCCGACCUCGUCGCUCUCCGAUGGCGACACGGAGAAGGAACUGGAGCAAAAGGGCUGCGUUCCGUAUCGUCCCGCUGGGCUGUUGAUGAACGCGCAGAGGCUUUAUCGACCAGCCGGGCGAAAUCCGUUGCAGCCCAACCACGAUACCUGGCGUACAUACCGUCCUCCUCAAUACAUUCCGUCGCGCAAUCGCUCACCGCAAAGAAAUUAUCGUUUUAUUUGCUCCCGGAGCAGAAGCCGUUCUAGUUCGGACAGCAACCAUUCCACAUCCAGAAGAAAGCACUCGUACAGUCGAUCUUCUCGGGCGGAUUACGAUAAAGGUCGUGAGCGGGCAUAUUCACGAGAGCGUAGAACCACGCGCUAUUCCUCUUCGCAUCGAUACCGCUCCUCUUCGCGGUCGUCAUCCCGAGACAGACGGUCUCGUGGGCAUCGAUCAUAUUCCAGCGAUGACAACAGGCGCAGUUCCCAGCGCUCGUCGCGACGCAACCGGUCGCCUUCGCGAUCUCCUUCCCGUGGGGUCGAUCGAGACUGUCGAUCACAUUCGCGAGAUGCGUCGCCCAAAAAAAGCACAAGUUACUUCCAGCGACACAGUUCAAAAUCAUCACCACUGAAAAAUUCAGAGAAAAAAGCUGCGAAGCUUAAUGAUGCGGAAGAUGAUAAAAAUCUUCGAACCGCUAAAACUGAACGAAAGAAAAGCCAUAAACAUAUGAAAGCCAGUGGAGGAGAUAAUUUGGCAAAUGCGCAGAGAACAAAGCCUUGUGACAUCGAAAAUUCGCUUCCAGUGAAAACAACGUCUUUUUUGUGUGAGGAUGAAACAGUAAAGAGAACAGAGAGUGGUGCCGGCAACGAUGUUUCUAGCACUACCAAGUCUACUCUUGAUUGUAAGCUGCCAUUGGAAGUUGCGUCUGCCAUAGAAGAUUUGUUUUUGCCCUGGGUGCAGGAGCUGAUCGCAGAUGAUAACAUGGCCGAAGACGAAAACAGCAGUCAGGAGGCCGUUCAAGAACUUGAAGAUUUUGGUUCUAUACGAGAUUCAUUGAUGGAUGCCAAAGAAAAUGAACUACAGGAAACGUUAGAAGAAUUGAAGCUAUGGUGGCCCAUAGAUGAUGUUGAGAUAAUUGUUCAACAAGUGCAUGGAUAGGUAAUGAGUGAUGAUAUAUGGUCGCUGGUUGCCUUUGUACAGUUAAUUGCAUUUUAUCCGAUUUCUCAAACGUUGUUAUCUCCAGUGGUGUUUUUGGAAUAAGUGGAUUUACUUUCCCUGUGACACGUAUCCUAGAAAUAUAAUUUUCUGAUAAUGUAGGUAUAUUUUUGGUUGCUCACUGGUCAGUUGUCGUUAACGGUUUUUCUAAAUGCAUUACUACUUAAUAAGACACGGAAAUCAAAAUUACUUGAUACGAU